AUGGCAAAUAUUUUUAACUGGAAGAUAUUUGUCUCUUUAGUUGGCCUUGUAAGUUUUUUCUCGUUUUUCUAUCAGACAAUACUGCUUCUUAAUCAUUCAGCUAAACAUAUUCCGAUCAGUUCUUCACUAUUUCGCAAUAAAAGCUUGUUAGGAAAGCGCCAUGAUGAUAACAACUUCGUAGCUUGCAAGCUUCCCGAAUUGGAUCCGUUUCACCCUAGUGUGAUUCAUUUUACUAAGGACUUCGGCAAGCUGCGUUGUAAUGGUGCUAGUUAUUCAAGCUUCGAGAACAAUGUCCUUCGAGUUGAAGGCACUGGAGUCGUUUCCGUGCAAUACAGAACGAUCCAAAGGCCUUUGGGGGACGAUUUUGGAGUGGUUCUUUCUGAUCCAGUCAGAGUUCGCAACGAGGAAAAGCGUAAUCAAACAGGUGAGUGUUUUCAGAAGUCAAAAUUUCAACUAUUGUCCUCAAUUUUCUGUUUUUUUUUCCUACAGCGCCAGGGGGGUAAGGGGAACUUAUUGCGAGGACACCACUCAAAAGUUUUCUCCGAGAUUAUCAUUUUUAAGCUUUUCUAAGCUUUUUAAAGUUUUUUAAAGGUUCACGGACUGAGGAACUUUUCACAAGUUACCUUUCUAGGCUGUAUUCUUCAGAAAAAUAAAAAAAUGCUAAAAUGGCUGAAUCACUUUUGAUUAUUCAACUGUUUUACUACUUAUACUUACUACUACCGGUCUUAAUUGCGACAUAAAUUUUGAUAUUACAAUUAAAGCAGCCCCCUAUAGCAUGGACCAAUCUUGGAUCUUGGCUGUAAUAGAAAUUUAGACAUACUGAGCUAAGUACGACUCUUUACGGUGGCCAGUAUAAAUCAUCCAUUCAAUUGAUAACACCAAAUUAUAAUAACACUCCCCACCGACGCAGCACCACAGUUUCAGUGGGAUGUUACCCCCUUUGAUGUUAAACCAGUUGUUCUUCAAUUAAGAAAAAUCUAAACUCCUCUACACCAACAAAAUCUAGAAAUACAUGUCAAGCAUUGACAUGUCAAGCAUUUAAAAGCCGUUUCCACGAAACUGAAAAACUGAAGGAUUGGGUGGGCAUAGGAAAAAAAGGAAAGUGUUUCUUCAUCUUCUGAGAUGGACGCUCUAAAAGAUAACAGUCUAUUCUACAUUGCAUUAUCUAGGAAUCUGCAGCGCAAAAAAUCGCAAUAAAUCAUAGUAUUAGUAGUAGUAGUAGUAGUAGUAGUAGUAGUAGUAGUAGUAGUAGUAGUAGUAGUAGUAGUAGUAGUAGUAGUAGUAGUAGUAGUAGUAGUAGUAGUAGUAGUAGUAGUAGUAGUAGUAGUAGUAGUAGUGGUAGUAGUAGUAGUAGUAGUAGUAGUAGUAGUAGUAGUAGUAGUAGUAGUAAUAGUAGUAGUAGUAAUAGUAGUAGUAGUAGUAGUAGUAGUAGUAGUGGUAGUAGAAAUUGUAGCAGUAGUACUAGCAGUGCUAGUAGAAGUAGUAGUAGUAAGUAAGUAAUAUAGUAAGUAGCAAAGCAGAUUAAAAGAGAUGUAUGCCAUACGUGGUUAUGGUUUCAGGUUACUUUAGCGGAAGUGCAUCCGUAGAGACGGACUUCAUUCGAGUCGAUGUCGUCACAUCGUCGGGAGAUAUAAAAACUGACGUACACAUGCACGUGUUUCCUAAAAAAGAAGUUCUCAGAAGACAGUCCAAGCCAGGAAGAAUUCCUUUGAAUGUUGCACUGAUUAUGUUUGACUCCACGUCGGCGGUCAAUUUUCAAAGAAAAAUGCCUCACAGUUUGGACUAUCUGGUCAAGAAUAUGACCUCGAUAUUAUUUCAAGGUAGGUUAUCUCUUGUUCACUUUAGAGUUAGCGCUGUAGCAGUUGGCUGUGCCAAAGAUAGGCCAUAUGUUGGUUUUUUAAUGAUAACGCUCAUGUGUUUGAAGUUAGAAUUCCAUACCAAUUCAGUAAAGAAUUAAGAAGGCUAAAUUUACAAAAAAAAAUUAAAGUCACUUUAAAUGAUGACUCGGUAGCCCUUCGUUAACUCGUCUUCUAAAGAUUUUAGUACCGCUUUUUAUAUGCUUCUUGCUGCCGUCCAUUUACGAAAUAUUUCAUCUUAUAAAAGUCAAGUGUACCUUUACGUACUAUUACCUUACCAGUGAUAGGCAUCUUUUUGCACUAAUCGACAGGUGAGACAAUCGUAGGAGAUGGAACCACGGCACAGUUGACAGCGUUGCUGACUGGAAAGACGGAGAAAGAGCAAUCAGAGUCUAGAAAGAGAAUUGAUUCAUCUAGACCAGUAGACAACUGGCGUUGGAUCUUUAAAGAGUUUGAAAAGAGUGGGUACGCUACGAUGUUUUCAGAAGAUUCCCCGCAUCUUGCCUCCUUUAAUUAUCGCUUGAAAGGUUUCCACGAUCCGCCCACUGACCAUUACGCCAGACCGUUUUGGCUAGAGGCUUUCCAACUAAUUAUGAAGAGCAAAUUUUGCCUUAACAGUAGGCCUGCUCAUAACGAAUCUCUAAAUUAUUUGAUGAGUUUUUUCCGACGUUACCAGGACACGCCAAAAUUUGCGUUCUCAUCUCAUGCUGACAUAUCACACGAUAGCGUAAACACGGUUGGUUUUGCGGACGAUGACCUUAAAGCAACUUUAGAGACGAUGCAAAAAGAGUCACUCUUGAAAAACACUUUGUUGAUAAUUUUUUCCGAUCACGGACCACGAUUUUCUGGUUUCAGGAGUACAAUACAAGGGAAACUUGAAGAACGAUUCCCAUUUAUGUCAUUUACCUUGCCGGAAUGGUUUCAAGACGAGUAUCCUGACCUCCAAAGUAACCUCCUUCAUAAUUCCCGCGUUCUUACAUCACCUUUUGAUGUUUAUGCAACUUUACGUCACAUCUUGUCAUAUCCUCAUUACCCAAGGGGGAUUUUAGUUGGGCAAAGCCUGUUUAGCCGGAUAGAUCCAAGGAAUCGCACAUGCGCGAGUGCUGGCGUAGACGAUCAUUGGUGUCCUUGUCUUGACCUAGAAGAGGUUGGCACUGAUGAGUCUGUGGUGAUGGAAUUAGCAGAUUUUGUGGUAUUACAUAUCAACAAUCUGACGUCACAGAAUGAAGAGCUGGUGAAGAUGUGUCGGCGGUUGAAACUGAAAGAAGUGAACAGGGCAUUCCGCGAAAUGCCCAGUGAAGCCAUGCAAAGGUUUCAGGGUACCACGAGAGAUGCACGAGAUACGUGUGACGGUUGUGGGGUGGUUUUGGGUAAAAAGUCCCGGAAUACCCUCGUUAAAGACACUUUGUAUCAGUUGCAUUUUGUUACAUCUCCCAAUGAGGGAUUUUAUGAGGCUACUGUAAGGAUACAGAAGGGUGUUCCCUCACUUGUAGGGGACAUAAGUAGAAUCGACGCAUACAAAGACCAACCAUAUUGCAUAAUGGAAGAUUUUCCGCUUUUACGAAAGUAUUGCUAUUGC